UCCAUUUGAUCGGACGCUCCUUCAAGUAUUAUGUUCCCGCUUUUGCAAAAUUCCGUAUAUAUUGUCUGCCGCUGCUGCCUCUUGGAACAGCCGCCACUUUGCCAUAACAUCUGCGAGAAUAAUCAACUCAUUGACGAGUUGCUUACUUUGGCACCCAAUCUUCAAAUCCUACCCGACGAUAUCAUAUGUGAUGAGUGUCUGCAACGUCUACACAAUGCUCUCGAAUUUCGACAACGCUGUGAGCAUUCGGAACGCAUUCUUCGUGCCAGGCACGAACAGGCCCUGGACGAUGCUCUCGAAUGCCUUGAACGUGAAGUCGGUUCCCUGGAGAAGGUCGAAACAAUACCAAUGUUGACGCUAAUAGAGCCUGUGGAUUUUGGACCAUUGGAUCUCUCGGAUACGUUGGAGGGUAAUGAGACAUCGUUGCGAAAGCCUGCCCGUUAUGAUUGUGGCACCUUGAAUACACCCAUACAUUUACCCGCAACUCUUGAGCAGCUUGAGGAGAAGCUGAAGAGUCCAAGCUUGAAUGCUGCCGUCGUUGAAAAGCCGAAGCGUAAGCGCGUUACAGGUGCCACAUCUCGUCCAAGACGAUCAAAAUCGUUGAACCAAUGCUCGGAGUGUGAGAAGAAGUUUACGCGUAAUUUUCAGUUGAAGUUGCAUAUGAAUUCGGUGCAUGGCUUGGGCGAUGGUCCGCUAUAUCGAUGCGAAGUGUGCUGCAAAGUUUUUGCAUCGCGUCACAGUCUGCGGUAUCAUGAGACAUCGUCGCAUUCCACGGUCCGUCCAUUUGCCUGCGAGCUUUGCGACCGACGCUUUGUGCUUCGCACACAGUUGUGUUCGCACGCCCGGAUGCAUACGGGUGAGACAAAGCCGCGAAUUUAUGCCUGCAAUGUAUGCUCAAAAACGUGGCCAACAAAAUCGGAUCUACGCACACAUAUGCGCUCCCAUGACAAAGACAUGUCUAAGAGACCACAUAAGUGCGAUAAAUGCGAUAAGGCAUUCUUCACCCGUGGUCAUCUAAGCUCACAUCAUUUGGUUCAUACCGGAGAGAAACCCUAUGCCUGCAAUUACUGUGUGAAGUCUUAUCAAAGUGUUGGUAAUCUUAACAAUCAUAUGGCACGACAGCAUGCAAGUAUCCUGGAAGAGCAGCUGGAACUUUAAAAUUGAGAGCUAGAAUAUAGGAUAUUCCCGCUAUAGGUAUUAGGUACACUCGAAAUCUUUUGAUUUUCAGAAUAAUUGAAAACCGAGAAAUAU